AUGCAAUUAACUGCAGCUCUUCUCGUCGUCGCCAGCGCCCUCAGCGCCGCUUCCGCCCACUCCUUCAGCGACGGCAACGGCCUUGGCCUCGAAGCCCGCUCCGCCAAGGGCCUCCUCCACCACCUCGUCCGCAGCCUCGACGAGGGCGAGGCUAGAGAGAUUAUCGUCCGCUACUACGACGGCGAGCUCGAGGGGCGCUCGCUCUCCAAGCGUAACCUUGUGUGCCCUACCUGCGGCAAAGCCUUCGUCACUAUGGCAUACUUCAAGAUGCACAUGAGGUACAGUAUGGUUGCUCCCGCUAAGAAGGCCCCAGCCAAGAAGGGUCGUAAAUAG